AUGGAUCGUUUGUGCAAGAAAAUAUACGCACUUGAUGAGGAGAAGCGACUAAGGCAGAGAGCCAUGCUUUGUCACGUGUACUGGUUGGCUCUACAUGAUGAGUGGCACCGCGCAAGGGAUUUGAUGCUCAUGAGUCACCUUCAAGCCAUUGUGGAUCAUUCUGACACGGAUACGCAGAUCCUCUACAAUCGAACAAUUUGCCAACUGGGACUCUGUGCAUUCCGGCAUGGAUUCAUCAAAGAAGCGCAUCAAGGAUUGUCUGAGAUACAAAACACACAACGAGCCAAAGAAUUACUCGCUCAAGCAGUAGCUAUGAGGCAGCAUGAGAGAACGGCCGAACAGCCUCCUCAAGAGAAGCACCUCAAUGGAUGA